UUAUUCUAACAUUAUUUUUGUGAUUACAUUUAUCCACCCUCUUCUGCAAAGUGUGUAAUAGUGCCUUAUCAGAGUUGUUACAGUGGGCCGAGCAAGAUUAUAUACAAUGUACAUAGGCAGUCUACAUUGUUUACAAAUGAUUAAACAUCAUUAAAACACUCGACCGUAAGUGAUAUCAAAUACCUAUAUUAUACUCACAGUAUAGCAAUCGAAAACAAACUUUAAUUGUAAAGAUAUAAAGAUCUUAAUUCAAUGAGCGUCAUUAAACAAACAAGCGAAACGCAAACAAUAUAAUUUCAUUAACUCACGGAAAGAUACAACGAACGCACGUCAGAUACAAAAUGGUGGAAAAAAUUGCUGUUGUCACUGGAUCAAAUAAAGGUCUAGGAUUCGCUGUUGUCAAAGGAUUGUGUCAAAAAUUCAAUGGAAUAGUAUAUUUAACGGCAAGAGACGAGAACAGAGGGAGAGAAGCUGUGAAAAAACUAGAAGAUUUGGGAUUGAAACCUAAAUUCCAUCAACUUGACGUAAGUGAUGAAAGCAGCGUAGAAAAGUUCGCUAACUUUUUAAAUUUAGAACACGGAGGCUUAGACGUUUUAGUGAAUAAUGCCGCUAUCAUGGAUCUGGGUCAAGUUUACCCAGACUACGAAGGAGCGAAAAGAAAUAUCGACGUUAAUUACAGAAGUUUGUUGACGAUAGAAAAACACCUCUUCCCGCUUCUAACACACGGCGCUAGAGUUGUGAACGUUACCAGCGCUUGCGGGCAUCUGUCAAAUUUGAAAAAUAAGAAAUGGUUGGACAGGUUGCAAGAUAAAGGUUUAACUACAGAACAGCUCAAUCAUUUCGUCGAUGAAUAUUUGGAUAGUGUGAAAACCGGUACGUUUAAAAAAGAAGAUUUUGCUGAUGAAGGGAAGCAUGCUGAGCAUAGAGUAUCUAAAAUCGCGGUGACAGCUUUAACAAUGAUACAGCAAAGGAAAUAUUAUGACAGGAAUAUUUCUAUCAACGCCGUGCAUCCAGGGCAUGUCAAGACGGACAUGGCAAAAGGCGGAGGUGUCACUGAGCCCGAUGAAGCUGCUAAAGUCAUACUUUACCUGGUGCUGGACGCGUCCCCGAACUUGAAGGGCACUUUCAUGUGGCACGAUGGAAAGCUAGUUGACUGGACCGAUGUUGAUGGCGAUUAUUACUAUAAAUGUGAAUUUUAAGACGGAAUUUAGACUCACGCUAACAAGUCAUGUCAAAAAAAGGUUAUUUAAAACUAGGGAUCGAAUACCAGUGUUCGAUUUCAGUUGUUUAUUUAUAAUUUUGCAUUUCAUUUAGGUAAUUUGAUAAUGCAUUGUCCUUGUCUAUACUCUAAAUCUUUAGGUAUUUAAAUAAAAGUAAACAAUUUGUACAUUUUCGGGUAGUUACAACAUUUAUGGGUUAACCGACCAAAUACAAAACCGCCUGGAUCUGUCACUGAACGACCUGACCUACAUUAUUUGAGGGCAGAUUUUGUUUACUUUUAUUUAAAUACCUAAAGAUACAGAGUAACAUUCUAGAAUAUUAAAGAAAUAUUGGGAAUGCUA